UAACAUUUCUGAGCCCUAAGCUUGAGGAAAUCUGUGUAUUUUACCUUUCUCUAAUAGCCAGAAUGCCAGUGGAUCGAAAGCCUAUGCGAUUUGCUCACAGUGAGGGUCAAACAGAUGUCUGUUACGACGAAACAGGCGGUUACCUUUUGACUUGUGGCUCAGAUGGAGAUGUACGUAUAUACAAAGAUUUUGAUGACAGUGAUCCAGAAUCUGUCAGGGCUGGAGAAAAUGUAACAGUCCUGUUAGUCAAGAACAAGAAAAUAGUCACUGCAUCAGAUAAUUCUGUUCAAGUUUAUACCUUCCCAGAGGGGUCUCCUGAUGGAAUUCUCACAAGAUUUACAGCAUCUGUCAAUCAUAUAUGCUUUAACCAAUCAGGAUCAGUGUUGGCAGCAGGAGCAAGUGAUUUUAACAUAAAGGUGGUCACUGUAGCAGAUGGAAGCCAAAAAGUUCUUAGGGGCCAUGAAGCUCCAGUGUUAAGUGUGACAAUGGAUCCUAAAGAUCAAUAUGCUGCUUCAUCAAGUUGUGAUGGUACAGUUAAAAUCUGGAAUUUGGGUGAUCAGACAUGCAAGACAACUUUAUCAAUCCUUCCCAGGGUGAAUGAUGCAAGGAUCUCAAAGACGUUAUGCCGACUUGCUUGGCAGCCAGAGCGUGGCAAGUAUAUGGCUGUUCCAGUGGAGAAAACUGUCAAGGUUUAUGAAAGGGAUACAUGGAAAAAUACUUUCAACCUGGAAAAAGAUGGUCAUAGUGAGUUGGUCUCUCUUGUGUCUUGGUCUCCCUGUGGUAACUACAUUGCAUCUGCUAGUAUCAAUGGAGAGAUGUUUAUCUGGAAGGUGGCAACGCAGGCAGUUAUUGAGAGGAUAACUCAUGAAAGUGGACAUACCAUUUGUGGCUUGGCAUGGAAUCCAAAAGGAAACAAAGAAAUUGCUUAUACUGAUAAUCAGGGUCAGUUUGGUGUUUGUGAGAAUGUGAUACCAAACGACGAGGUAAAAAGCUCCAAUCACCCUGUAACUGCCAAUGAUUUCAUGGAUGACAGUUUGGUGACUGCUGCCAUGGAUGCUGAUAGUGAUGAUGAACAGCUUAUCAUUGGGAAGAAAAAACAAAGAAGCAAGUCCACUGCUUGGAUAGAUGAGGAGGCAGACGAUGAUGAUGAUGAUGAUGAGUUCAAAGACAUCCGCAAAUUGAAAGCAGCCUUGGCAGCUCCAUUAGAGUUUGGCGAUGGCGGGAAUGAUGGAGACACAGGUAGUGAAGUGUCUGCACCACAGGCCCCUAAGAAGGAAGUGAUCCACACUCCAUUUAUUCCAGUACUCCAGCCACCAUUCCAACCUGGCUCAACCCCAGUCCACUUAAUGCACAGGUUCAUGGUAUGGAAUUCAGUUGGAAUAGUGCGCUGUCACACGGAAGAUGAGAUAUCAUCAAUAGAGGUUGAAUUCCAUGACACAAGUACCCAUCACCCUUUACAUCUGACCAAUCAUCUAAAUCACACCAUGGCUGCCCUGUCAUCCAGUGCUGUUUUGUUAGCAUGCAAAGCUCGUGAGGAUUCACCAAGUAAGCUUGUUUGUAUCCAUUUUGGAAGCUGGGAUAAUUCAAAAGAAUGGACUGUUGUCUUACCUGAGGGAGAAUCGAUCCAAGCAGUGGCAACCGGCAGCUCUUUUGCAGCUGUUGCAACUGACAAGCGUUUCCUUCGCAUAUUUACCAUUGGUGGGGUUCAGCGUGACAUUCUCAGCCUUCCUGGUGCAGUGGUGUGUAUGUCAGGAUACAAGAACCAACUGAUGGUCGUGUUUCAUAUUAACAACCCCCUUCCUGGUGAGCAAGCUUUGGCUCUUAAAUUACUGGAUUUGAAGCACAACCAGGAAAUCAUUGUAGAGGAGAGGGUGUUGCUGAGUGAGAAGUCAACACUGGGCUGGCUAGGAUUCUCUGAGGAAGGUUCUCCAGUUACUGUUGACUCAGCUGGGGUUGUAAGAUUAUUGUCUCGUUCCUUUGGUACAUCAUGGAGUCCCGUUUGUGUCACUAAAAGCAAUAUGAAGAACAAGUCUGAUAAUUAUUGGGUGGUUGGUCUGUAAGCUUGGCAAUAAAAUAUGCAGCACGGAGUAGACGAAUGAAUUUAGCAAAUCGACUGGAUGAGUUGGCCCGCGAGAAAGCAAAACUGGAGGCAGAGGAGGAGUUUGAGGAUGAUUUCCAACAAAUUGAUUGGCCUGUAAGGGGGAAUAAGACAUCUACGUCGAGGAUGGGUGGUCAUCGUCCCUCCAAUACUCUGCGAGAAGUGGAACAGGAGGAAGAAGAGGAGGAAAUGGAGGAGACUGGAGGUGAUGAUGGCAUGGAUGAUGAUGAUUAUGAUGAUUUUGAUGAUGAUGAUGAUGAACAGACUUCCAGGAAAGAAGAGAGGAAGGGCUUAGCAAGACUGAACAGUCUAGAUCUAGGAUCAAAACCAAUUUCAACUGCAAAUUCCAAUCCACCUUCGUCACCUCUUCCAAGCUCAAAUCCAAGUCAAGGCCGAUCUAAUCCUUUCAGAAUAUCUAGUCCUGGAAAAAAGGCGUCUAGUGUGUGUGGAAAGAGUUUUUUUGACAGCGUGGAGGAAGAGAAGAAAGCAUCACUGCAAAGGAAAAGCAAGAUAUCUCCUGAUACCAAGCCAGUCCAGAAAAGGAAAAAGGGAAAACAAACCACUCUAUUGAAAACACCUCAGGAGAAAGAAAAAGAAACACAGAAUAAGAAAACAUCUCCAGAAAGGAAUGGCCCGCCCUCCAAAAAAGUGAAUGGUUUCACCCUUUGGUUUGAGGAGAACAAAGAAGGUUUGUCAAAUGAAAAUCCAGAGCUGACUGGUACCCACCUUGUUAAAUCUGCCAUGGGACAAUGGAAGGCACUUGAUGAAGAUGAAAAGAUGGAAUGGAAUAAUAAAGCAAAGGGAACUGCGCACGAAAAGGAACAAGGAGAAAAGAAGCGCAAAAGAGAAAAGUCAGAUGAAGAAAACGAAGACACUUUAAAUACAAUUAAUUUAGCCAAGAAGACAAAAGAAUCAGGGGUAACAGUUGCAAAUUCCAAACUGGCAGGAUUUGCUUAUAACAAAAAUUAACUGCAGAUCUUUUGAAUUGUGUUUAUUUAUAAUAGUCAUGAAAUUUUAGGUCACUCUCCAAGAAUUUCAUGGAGUUUGCCAAUAUUCAUGUUUUGGAUUAUGGAAUGAACAGAAAGAUGGAUUAAAAUGGUGUAGCAUGACAGGAAAACUGAAAUAACAAAAGAGUGGAUGGAAACAAUUGGAAAGGACUUCCAUUAAAUUCAACUGCAUUAAAGAAAACUUCGGGCAUUUGCAUUUCUAAGACUUUUUCAUAAUAAUUGCAUGAAAUCUAUGGUUUGCUCCUCAAAAGACAGUUGCGACUGAUAAAAACAAUUUUAAAUACCAUGUUAGAGGCAGAGAAAGUACCUAUAAAACAUAACCUAUUUGACGCUUUAACUCUGAUGAGUGACCAAGAGAGAAUUUCUCCUCACAAUAUCCAUACAAUAUCAAGCAGACAAGUGUUGAGAAUAAAUAAUGGUAAUUGAACUGAAUUUUGGGCUGAAAUCAUAUGUGUGAUUUCAAAAUCGAACAAGGGCACAGCACGAGUUUGACUUGAAACCACAAAUAUGAUUUCAGACCAAAAUUGCACAGCACAAGUUUGAAUUACCACUUUAUUACAUCCAUUUUGAAAUCGCCCAAAU